GUCAGUAUUUUUUGAGCGGGAAGCGAAAUAGCGCGGUGGAAUUAUUAAAUAACAAUGUGCAAAGGACAAUCAAGAGAGAAACGAAUAGAGAUUAAAUAAAUAAGCAAAGAUUUUACUUCAAUAUUUAAUGGCUGCACAAUCGUAUACCUUUGCCAACACAGAAACCCUGACUAAAAAGAAAAAAAAGUAUUGAUUUCGCCGCGCCGGGGAUUUGAUUGAUAUACUACGUACGAUUUGUGUUGUUAUCUCUUUUAGUUAUUCAUAAGUGUUUAGUGUUGUCUCUCUCUUAUCGGUAAAGCAGAUUUAGUUCAAAAUUGUUUUGCGCGGCAUGCGCGUUGGAGAGAUCAAAACAAAAACAAGUGAAUUGGGGCUGCGGGCCUUGAAUCAGGUGUGUGCGGCGCAAUAACUGGGAUCCUGGACCAUCCUGGUCCUGAUAUUCCUGUAAUUAGUGUGGUGACGUCAAUUAGAUGGAGCCAGCGGGGCAGGGUCGAGAGGUUACCACAGUGUGCAUGAUGGGGAUGAGGCUUUACGUUACCUCAUUCUGCUGCUGCUUGAGCCUGGAGUCCGGAGUCAAGAUCAUCGCAUACGCGCAUCUGGCCAUAGGUACAUUUCUGACGGCGGCGUGCGGCUCCUUCGCGGUGAAGAUGAAGGAGCGCAGGGGCACGGUCGACGACGCGGAGGACCUGGUCUACUCCAAGAUGUUCCUGGCGGCACUCAUAUUCACUGCUUGCUCCUUUACGCACGUCGUGCUGGCGCUCCUGCUCAUCCGCGGCUUGAACAAGCGCUCGGCUAAGUACGUGCAUACGUGGGUGACGCUGAUGGGCCUGCUGCUGCUUGUCGGGACGGCGUACGCGGGCCUGGUGGGCGUCCGCGCGGCGCGCUCCUGCGACGACAUCCUGAUGCUCUUGCUCAAGAUGUCAGUGUGGCUUGUGGCCAUGGGCUACAUCAUGGUGACCGUGUACAGCUUCGGACUGGUACUGAAGAGCGAGGAAGACGCCGCGGAAGACGCGGCCGAGCAGGACAGGCUGUGGAGGAUCGCUCGCGAGCGCGACCCGAGCCUCGAGCAGUGCAUCGGGCCCCCACAGUGCGACUUCUUUGCCCGAGCUGGCCAAGGUCCCCAACCCGACGACCAGACGGAGUGCGGGCACUGUGCCGAGUGCUGCAACUGCGAUGACGAAGAGCCCCAACCAAACGCCCUAGUCAGGAGCGAGCAGUAAGUGACGCCCGCGUUGUAGGCGGCUGGCGCGCGACACCUCUCGAACAGGACGCAACGAGGGCUAUCGUUUUAGCGCUCACCAGUUAGCGCCACUGUAGAGUAAGGUCCUGUCACUUGCUAGUAGCGAAGACAGUGGCGCCAACUUGGGAGCGCUAAAGUGGUAGGAGGACUAUCGCAUUUGCACUCAUCAAGAUGGCGCCACUGUAGAGUAAGGUCCUGUCAAUCGCCAGGGGUGCCAACUGUUAAGUAUAAAAACGAUAGCCCUCACUGACAUGUUCCGCCGCCAGAGUGCAGCACUAACACAAGCGUUUAAACAGUGAAUGUAUUGCAAACAUACAAUAAUAACUAUAAUUAUUAUUAUAACAACAAUACGUUAUAAAAUAUCACAGAUAUUUGUUGCGAAUAAAUACGACAUGACGAGUUGUUUACUGUUUGUGCUAGAGUGGCUUGAUACUUCGACAUUCGACCACGAUCUCUAUUGGCCAAAAUUACAUUUGAAUGUAUUCUUAAAUGUUAGAGCAUCAAACUUACUUAAUAUUUUUAACUCUCAUUGUUGUUACUCUCAGAUCAAAAAUAAAUAAUUUAGAGUAUUUAUUUAUAUAACAAAACCACGUUUGAAGUACAGUUGAACGAAGGCUUUAUAGUUUUAUUUAAAAAUCAUACGACUGUUGUAGUUCAAUUAAGUAGAUGUAGUAAGCGAGUUAGACGAUUACAGCUUUCAUGCCCUUAUAUAAUUUUAAUGCCAAGGCCACUAUCAUGAUCUCUUAGGAAUAAUUUUAUUUGUAUAAAUGUGGAAUUUUGAAACAUUUUGAGCUCAUUGGUCACUAUUAGUAUACUUGCUCAUAAUUUUCUGUACUUUGCUUGGUAAAGCUGAGUUACAAUAUAAAACAAAGCUUUAAUACUCUUCCACAAGGACUGCAUUUGAAUAUAACGUUGACUAUGUUUAUUUGCGAGAUAGAUGUCUGUCCUAUUAAACUCUGUCUAGCACUAAAACUUGGAAUACUUUCGGUAGUUGACUCCACUGAUCGAUUGAUAUAUUUGUAUGAGUUGUCAAAACUUGAUAUUUUAAGUGUCUUCAUUGAUUUUUAUCUUAGAAGAGGAACCUUACAUUUGUGAGUGGUAGUUAUUGAUUAAUGGUGUCACCUACCCAAUUAUUCCCAUAAAUGUUUUUUAUUUUAUGCAAGGUAGAUAAAUAAGUGUAGCUUUACUGAAUACUUGUAGAACUUUUUAUUAAGGUUAUUUUUUAUGAGGAGAGACAAUACUUUGUUGGGGAUAAGUUUAGUACGGUUGCCGGCAGAUCAGAAUAAUGGACCACUAAAUUACUGAGAAUGAUAAUUUUUAGUAAGUAGAGUAUGCUGUUAUUGAAGCUCAAUUUCUGAAUUUAUCAUUAAGGCAAGGACCCUUACUACUUCUAUCAAAAAGUGCGAUUUGCUGGCGACUGGACAGUGUGGACUGACUUGUUAAUGUUGGACUGUUGGUAUUAUGUCUUUAUGUUUCACAUAUGAAGCUGUUUAAAAUUAGUAUAUUUUCAAUGUAUAUUUUUAUACAUGAUUGUAUUAUAAUUUUGAAGUGCCAAACUUCUCGACUCCUAUUACACUAGAAAAAAAUAAAAAUCUAUUUAUCUAUAAUUAAAAAAAUCUAUCUAUACAUUUGUAUUUAAACAAAUACUUUUAACUUUAGUGUUCGAUAGUAUUUUAUAUUAUUUUACAAUGUUUUGAUAAAAAUAUUAUGUCCAAUAGGUAAGUUUUAAAUAUGUUUCCAUCGACCUUGAAAUAAAGACGUAGAAUAUUGCUUCUUACUUCUUACAAUAAACUCCCUAUCUGUCUAAAAUAAUACAAUAAUUAUUGCCCUUUGUAUGUACCUAUACCAACUUUUAGAGGCUUAACAAUGUUAACAUAAAUGUUUAAUUUAUGGAUAAUUUUAGACGAAAGGCUAUAAAUACUGUUUAUCGUUAUGGUGUGCUGAUUAUGAAGAGGCGUUGUAUGGGUUGUAUGUAUUUUGGACAGCGAAUGUAAUUAUGGAAACGUGCAUGAAUGAGAUUUUAAAAUAUUUGAUGGAUAAUAAUUGGAUCCAAAAAUUUUAACAAAAAUGAUUGACUAUGAUCUCAUACCUAUUUUACUUGUGGUUUUUUAAAUGCUUUAAUUAAAUUUUAUUUGUUUUUUGAAAUAUAAUAUUUUAAAUAUUAAAGCGUGCUUGUUGUAAACAAUAUUAUAUUUACUAACAUUUUUAACUUUGUUAUUGUGGUUUCUAAAACUAAACAAUUUGGUAUUAAUAUAAAACAAUAUGUUUCUGGACUUUGUUCAUCUACUUUUAUAAAAACUGUCUAAGUAUCAUUAUUUUUGAAAUUAUAGCCAAAUUAAGAUUGCAAGUACUACAAGUACUUCUAAAUUAUUAAAUGUGAUGUAAAAGUACAGGGAGUUGUUGGAAAAUGAUAAACAGUACUGAGAAUUCAUGGGUCUUAAGUAAACGAAGGACUUGUGGUCCACCUACCUUAAUAAGUAUUAAUGUUAAACGUAUUUUAAUCCACUUUUAAAUAUUGUACAACGUAGUGUUGAUGUUUAAGAUAAAUGGCUUGCUGAUGCCAAAUAAA